AUGAGCGACAUCAGUGACAGUGACGCUGUCCCCCACGGGAUGGCGGUCAUAACGCUGGUGAAGCCCCCCAAGCUUACGAGCUUUUCCCCCGAGUUUCUAGUCGAGUGGACCAAGAAGUGGGAGAAGUUCAAGCCUACGGAUGAAUUCGUCUUGAAAAAGAUGGAUGAGAUCCUUGCGAAACCUCUUAACAACGCCAUUCCAGACGCUGAAAAUGUGUUGUCGACCCUGACAUGGGACCUCGACGAAAAGGACGUGUCCAUGAGAGUGGUCCGCUUCCUGGGAGGGGCAAGAAGACUCCUGAAGGAAAACGCACUUCUGGGCGACCUGGAAGGGAAUAGUCGACGUAAAAUGAUUAUUUACAUCCUCAUCUCCAAGGUGAAACCAGGCGUCUUGCGAGAAUCCUUGAGACAAAAGGUGGAACGCAUAUUGGACGAAAACCCUACGUUCGGGCUUACCGACCUAUCCAUGGAGCUCAUGGAGCUUGCCCUGGAAAACCGAAGAGCAUUUGACGCUGCAAAGCGCAAUGCCUAG